UUAUUUUAUAUAAAUUCAAUUUAGACAAUGUUGCGUGCCAUUCAAAAACGAACAUUCAUUCGGCAAUCAUUUGUUAAACAUGUUGCAAAACGAAACUUGGCAACAGUUGCUAAGGAUAUAGAAAAUGCUUAUGAUGUAGUUAUUAUUGGUGGAGGUGUUGCAGGUGUUAGUCUUGCUUGUUCACUAGCCUCUAGUCAAACUAUGCGUCAAUAUCGUAUAGCACUUGUAGAAACUAUGGAUUUAACAAAAGUUAAAAACUGGGAGCCUAAAGAAAAUAAUUAUUCAAAUCGUGUUGUUUCUUUAACACCUGGUUCAAUGGGCUUUUUUAAAAGAAUUGGAGUAGCAAACCACAUGAACUUAAAUAGAGUCAAUGGAAUUCGUGAUAUGCAAGUAUGGGAUGGUAUAACAGAUGCUCGUAUUCAUCUAGAUUCGGCCCUUUUAAAAAAUUAUGGAAUUGAUAAAGAUCUUGAAGAAAAUACAAUUUCAUAUAUUGUAGAAAAUAUUAAUAUCCAAAGCGCAACUUUAAAACGUCUCGACGAAUGUGUUCGAGAGGGAGCUCAAGUUGACCUGAUUCAACAAGUUAAGGUUUCUAAUAUUGAACGUUAUUUGGAAGAAAAUGAAAAGAAAAAGGAACAUUCAAAAGAAAAGGAAGAAGAAGUAAGCUCUUUAGAUUUACAAGAUUGGCCCACAGUCUACUUGGAUAAUGGAAGGAAAUUAAAAGCCCGUUUAUUGAUUGGUGCAGAUGGUAUUAAUAGUUUAGUUCGUAAAUUUGCUUAUAUUGAUUCGCUUGGAUGGGAUUAUGACACACAUGGUGUUGUAGCUACGUUAAAGCUAGACCCUGAACGCCCUAAUAAUACUGCAUGGCAACGAUUUCUACCCACUGGUCCAAUUGCUAUGCUUCCUCUUAGUGAAAAUUAUGCAUCAUUAGUAUGGUCUACUAAACCAUCUAUUGCAAAGGCACUUAAAAAUGUAUCAUCUAAAGACUUUUGUAGUCUUAUUAAUGCAGCCUAUCGAAUGUCUAAUGUUGAUUUAAAAUAUCUUUAUAAACAAAUCAACCCUACUACAUUUGAGUCUGCUUGCGAUAUUCAAGAAGAAUAUAAUUGGAGAGAAAGUGUAGCAAAAAAGGCUUUAACGAGUGGCCAAGCUAUUCUAGACCGUGAAUAUUCACUACCUCCUGAAGUCAUUGAUGUGCAGGAAAAAUCAAGAGCUUCAUUUCCAUUCAGGUUAAGAAAUUCAGAACAGUAUGUAAGUGACCGUGUUGCACUUGUAGGAGAUGCUGCCCAUGCCACACACCCGUUAGCAGGUCAAGGUAUGAAUCAGGGUUUAUUAGACGUUGAAUGCCUUUCACAAAUUUUGGAAAAGGGGCUUAGAGAAGGACAAGAUAUCGGUAGUAUUCAUUUAUUGAGACAAUAUGCAUCUGUUCGCUAUUUGCGUAAUAUUAUGAUGAUCAGCACUUGUGACAAACUACAUCGUCUAUUUUCUACAGAUGCGUCACCUAUUACCUGGGUCCGCUCCAUUGGAUUAAAUGCUAUUAAUAACAUGGACUUUUUAAAGGCUGAAAUUAUGAAAUACGGAAUGGGUAUUGAAUAUUCAGGCGAAUUUAGACAUUAAAAAAAAAUGUAUUUUUUUUUUUAAUUGGGUGCUGGACUAUAAACACCUGACAGCUGUAUAUUACAUAAAUAUCCCAAUAUAUGCUAUAUAUGAAACUCGUUAUUUCUUCUGAUA